AGAAAAGACGUGUGAGAAAAGGAGCUUGGUUGGUUGCUGCCAUUGUCUCCUCCAACUCCAUCGUCUCUCUCUCUAUCCACACCACACUUCAUUAAUUUUUUGCGUUCAAAACUUUAAACAAAAGGGCCCAAUUUUGGUUGUUCGUCCAUCUCCCUUCCCCUGUAUAGAUCUUCUCCGAUUUCCUGGCCAGACUUCGAUCUGGCGUUUCUACUACCACUUAAGAUGUUGCCUCAGGCUCAGCUGUAGAAGGCUAAGCCAGACCAAAGUGGACGCCAAAUGUCGACUUCUCUUGCCGCAUUCGAAUGCCCCCGUGUUGUGAAUUCCAAUGCGAUAUUCAAGAGUGGGCAUCUACUGAUAUCUUCCAAAGGUUUAGGAUGGAAGUAUUGGAAGAAGAGAUGGUUUAUCCUCACACGCACCUCAUUGGUUUUCUUCAAAAAUGACCCUAGCGCACUUCCACAGCGUGGUGGUGAAGUAAACUUGACUUUGGGUGGUAUUGAUUUAAACAAUUCAGGGAGUGUUGUGCUUCGAGAAGACAAGAAACUGCUGACUGUUUUGUUUCCUGAUGGGCGUGAUGGACGAGCAUUUACUCUUAAGGCAGAGACGCUAGAGGACUUAAAUGAGUGGAAGACAGCCCUUGAGAAUGCUAUUGCACAAGCACCUAGUGCUGCCCUUGUGAUGGGACACAAUGGGAUAUUUAGGAGUGAUACAAAUGAAACUAUGGAAGGGUCAUUCCAUCAAUGGAAAGACAAGCGCUCGAUCAAAUCUUUGGUUGUUGGACGCCCAAUUCUACUUGCACUAGAAGAUAUAGAUGGUGGGCCUUCGUUCCUUGAAAAAGCACUUCGAUACCUUGAGAAGUAUGGAAUUAAUGUAGAAGGAAUUCUGCGGCAGGCUGCAGAUGUUGAGGAAGUUUAUCGGCGAGUUGAAGAAUAUGAACAAGGGAAAACUGAGUUUGGUCCUGAUGAGGAUGCCCAUGUCAUCGGUGACUGUGUUAAGCAUGUUCUUCGGGAGCUUCCUUCAUCUCCCGUGCCUGCAUCCUGCUGCACUGCUUUGUUGGAAGCCUUCAAACUUGAUCAGAAGGAAGCUAGGGUAAAUGCAAUGAACUCAGCUAUACAGGACACAUUUCCUGAACCCAAUCGACGACUCUUACAGAGAAUUCUUAAGAUGAUGCACACAAUUUCCUCGCAUGCUUCUAUUAAUCGGAUGAUGCCAUCAUCGGUCGCUGCUUGUAUGGCCCCAUUGAUCUUGCGGUCACUUUUAGCUGGUGAAUGUGAUUUGGAGGAUGAUUAUGAUGUCAAUGGAGAUGAUUCUGCACAGCUGCUUGCUGCUGCAAAUGCUGCUAAUAAUGCCCAAGGAAUUAUUACAACACUGUUGGAAGAGUAUGAGAGCAUUUUUGAUGAUGAUAAUCUACACAGACGCUACAUAUCUGGUGAUACUCAAUCUGAUAGUAGUGGAAGCGAAGAUGUGAGCAAUGAUGAACAUCAUGACAUAAAGGUCAAUGGUUAUCAUGAUGCUGAAAAUGAAGUUGACCCUGAAGUAGAUUAUGACCGUGAUCGCAGACUCAGUGGGAAGUUAAGUGAAAGCAGUGGCUCUGCUGCCAGUGAUCUCUAUGAGGCAAUUGGCAAUGAUGAUCUGGAUAAUGAGUCUCCCAUGGACGGUUGUACUUUGGCAGCAAAAUUAAAUCAAAUGAUGGCCAAUACAUCUGCUAUUGGUUCUAAUCAAUUAGUCCAUGAGCAACUAGAUCAACAAAAGAAGGCACAUAACAACACAACAUAUGCUUCUACUGAAGUACUUGGUGGUGAGUUGCAGUCAUCCAAGACUGACGUCUUGACAUCUAUAGAUCAAGAGCUCCGGCAAUCAAUUCCUGGAUCAGAACUGGUGACUGAAAGUCCAGUUUCUAAACUUCCCAAUUCAAACCCCAGUACCAAAAAAUCCACAUUUUGGGGGAAGAGAAAUGCAAGGAAUACUCCUUCAACAGAAUCAAUUGAUUCUUCUGGGGAGGAAGAGGUUGCCAUCCAAAGAUUGGAGAUUGCAAAGAAUGAUUUGCGUCGUAGGAUUGCCAAAGAGGCACGAGGAAAUGCAAUUUUGCAAGCUAGCUUGGAGAGAAGAAAGCAAGCUUUACAUGAGCGCCGGUUGGCACUUGAACAGGAUGUAGCAAGACUGCAAGAGCAGUUGCAAGCUGAGAGAGAUCUACGAGCUGCUCUGGAAGUUGGCUUGAGCAUGUCUCAUGGCCAGGUUUCUGGCUCUCGCGGCAUGGAUUCCAAGACGAGGGCUGAACUUGAGGAGAUCGCACUUGCUGAGGCAGAUGUCGCCAGAUUGAAGCAAAAAGUUGCAGAACUUCACCAUCAGCUGAAUCAUCAACGCCAGCAUCAUCACCAUGGCUCCUUUCCAGAUGCAACUCACAGAUAUCAACAUGUUCCCAAUCAAAAUUUGCAGCAGAAAUAUUUUCUACAGGAUUUUGAUACCACACUUGCUGUUUGUAAUCACGAACGUAAACAAAGAACAGAGGAGUUGUUUGGAUCAGAACUGCGGAACAUCAAUAGCCAAACAAUGACCACUGGCAGCAGUAGCAGGCAGCCUCUUCGGAAGCAGUUUUUAGAAUCGACAAACCUGAGUGACACCAAAAAUAGCGAGGCAUCCACUAGCUCAUCCAUCGACUAUCUUGGCGCUGUUGAUUCUCUUUCUUUUCCUUCCACUUCAAGGACAGUACCUGAGAUGAUGGAACAUCCACGGCACCCUUCUUCAGUGUCAUCGUCAACUCUGGUAGAACUGACAACACGGCUCGACUUCUUCAAGGAGCGUCGGUCUCAGCUGAUGGAACAGCUCCACAACCUGGAUUUGAACUAUGGAUCAUCCUCACCUCAAGAUUUUGUGUAUAAAAUGUCUUCUCCUCCUUGGAACUGAAAUCAAAAAAUACUUCCUACGGAUAUAAUGUAUCAAGAAUGUAUGUAUGUACAGUCUAGUCUAUUAUCUGUUGCAGUGUUGUAUAUAUAUAUAUAUAUACAUAUUAUAUCUAAAGUUUUGGACAACAUUGGAGGAGAUCCCUUAUUUUUAUUUUUGUUAUUUAUUGACAAUGAAAGGUUGAUGGAGAUUUCUAUGUCAAU